UUCUUCAUUCUCUUUUUUCAAAAAAAAAAUCAAGAAAAUUAAAAUGAAAGGCUUCGGGAACUCGACGAGUAUCAUUCCUAAUAUUACUCUUUCUUUUAUUUUCUUUUUCGUUUGUUAUUUCCAAGACGUGCUUGCGGCUCCUCCUACUACUAGGCAGUAUUUUUUGUGUCGUCCCGAACAAAGGGAUGCACUUCUCGCUUUCAAAAACGAGUUUGAGAUUGGAAAGCCUAAUCCUUCUUGUAAAAUCGAUUCUCAUCGGAAGACGGAGACAUGGGGGAAUAACAGGGACUGUUGUAGUUGGAAGGGAAUCAAGUGCAAUGCCAAGUCCGGAGAUGUGGUCGAGCUAGACCUUCGCUGCAGUUUUUUAUAUGGCCGGUUACAUUCCAAUAGCAGUCUUCAAAACCUUCCUUUUCUAACCACUCUUGACCUUUCAUAUAACGAUCUUACUGGCCAAAUCCCAGAUUUCAUUGGAAACCUUUCUAAUCUUAUCAAACUCAGCCUUUCGGAAAAUAAUUUCAGUGGUCGGAUUUCAUCUUCCAUUGGAAACCUUUUUCAACUCACCUCUCUCGACCUUUCUUUUAAUCAGUUUUCUGGUGAAAUCCCAUAUUCAAUUGGAAAGCUUUCUCAUCUUAUCACUCUUGACCUUUCAUAUAAUUAUUUCAGUGGUCAAAUCCCAUAUUCAAUUGGAAAGCUUUCUAAUCUCACCUCUCUCGACCUUUUCGGAAAUAAUCUCGUUGGUGAAAUCCCAUCUUCUUUUGGAAAUCUAAACCACCUAACCAGAUUAUUUGCUGGUGGCAAUAUGCUCAGUGGAAAAUUUCCCAAUGUACUACUCAAUUUGACAGGGUUGUCAGAUUUAUCACUCUCCGACAAUCAGUUCAGUGGUGCGCUUCCUCCUAAUAUCAAUUCACUAUCAAACUUGGGAUUUUUGGAUGCAAGUCACAAUGAUUUCACUGGAACUAUCCCUUUUCAUCUCUUCACCAUUCCUUCUUUGACAUCUAUUAUAUUGAGUGAUAACCAACUCAACGGCACUCUUGAGUUUGGUAAUAUAUCGUCACCAUCUAACCUACACUGGUUAUACAUUGGCAACAACAACUUCAAAGGGCCAAUCCCGAGAUCCAUUUCCAAAUUUGUCAACCUUUUGUAUCUUGACCUUUCUCAUUUCGACACCCAAGGCCGCCCAGUUAACUUUAGUAUCUUCUCGCAUCUCAAGUCACUCAGAUCUCUAUACCUUUCACAUUUAGACACCACCACUACGAUUGACUUGUAUGAUAUCUUAUCAUAUUCCAAAAGCCUCUAUAGUUUAGAUCUAUCAGGCAACCAUGUUUCAACAGCAAACAAAAGUUCAGUUUUAAAUCCCGCUUCACAGGAGAUAUAUUCUUUGAGCUUAUCAGGCUGCGGUAUCACCGAGUUUCCAGAGCUCCUAAGAGCCCAACAUGGAACGACGUUUCUAGACAUCUCCAACAACAAAAUCGAAGGUCAAGUUCCUGGCUGGUUAUGGACUUUACCAAAUUUGACGUACGUGAAUCUUUCCAACAACACUUUUAACGGUUUCGGAAGAUCAAACAAGAAACAAGGACAGUCCUCUGUCCGGAAACCAUCUAUGGUUCACUUGCUUGGCUCCAACAACAGCUUCACGAGAAAGAUUCCUUCUUUCAUAUGCGAGUUGCGUUCUUUAAAGACUCUCGAUUUAUCUGAAAACAAGUUUAAUGGUUCAGUCCCUCGUUGUUUAGGAAAUCUUAACAGUACUCUUUCAGAUCUAAACCUUCGGCAGAAUAAUUUUAGCGGAUGUCUUCCAAAAAUUAUAUUUGAAAGUCUAAGGUCGCUUGACGUCGGUCAUAACCAACUUGUGGGAAAGCUUCCAAGAACUUUGAAUCGUUUCAGAAAUCUUGAAGUUCUAAACGUGGGAAUCAACAAAAUCAACGACAUAUUUCCGUUCUGGUUGAGUUCUCUACCAAAGCUACAAGUUCUUGUCCUUCGGUCCAAUGCAUUCCAUGGACCAAUACAUCAAGCCUCGUUCCCUCAGUUGCGAAUCAUCGAUAUAUCACAUAAUCACUUCGAUGGAACUUUGCCAUCAGAUUACUUUGUGAAGUGGCCUGCUAUGUCAUCACUUGGGACAGACGGAAAUCGGCUGAAUGUCAAUUCCAUGGGAGAUAGAUCACAUUAUUACCAUGAAUCAAUGGCUUUGAUGAAUAAACAUGUAGAGAUGGAGCUAGGUAUCCUAAUACGCUACACAGCAAUCGACUUUUCGGGAAACAAAUUUGAAGGAGAGAUUCCAAAGUCCAUCGGUCUAUUGAAAGAGCUUCGUGUGCUUAACUUGGCAAAUAAUGGUUUUACUGGCCGCAUCCCUUCAUCUAUGGGGAACCUGACAGCUCUUGGGCUUUUGGAUGUCUCCCGAAACAAGCUUUCAGGAGAAAUUCCAAAAGAGCUAGGUAACCUAUCGUUCCUUGCUUACAUGUCUGGCUCCGAAAACAAAUUAAAGGGCAAGAUUCCUUCUUUCUUAUGUGUGUUAAGUUCUCUAGGCAUUCUUGAUUUAUCUAACAACAACUUUAGUGGUUCAAUCCCUCGCUGUAUAGGAAAUCUCAAGAGUACUCUUACAGUUCUAAUGCUUCAUCAGAAUAAUCUUAGCGGAGGUCUUCCAGAGGAUAUAUUUGAAAGUCUAAGGUCGCUUGACGUCGGUCAUAACCAACUUGUGGGAAAGCUUCCAAGAACUUUGAAUCGUUUCAGAAAUCUUGAAGUUCUAAACGUGGAAAGCAACAAAAUCAACGACAUAUUUCCGUUCUGGUUGAGUUCUCUACAAAAGCUACAAAUUAUUUUGUGA